AUGUUCACAGCCGCAUUCUGUUGGAUGAACGUGAUGGCUGUCGACGUGUAUAACACAUUUGCAAACCAUCAGUCCUCCUACCGGCGAUUAAAACGGCAAAACCGACAAAAAUUUAUUAUAUACUCGUGCUAUGCCUGGUUAACCCCUAUGGCCAUUGUGGGCAUCUCGGUUAUUGUACAGUACACCAUACCUAUAAGUUCGCCAUAUAACCCGGCUUACGGACUCACCAUAUGCUGUAUGUCACACUUCAUGGCCGUGGUCAUAUACUUUCUGUUGCCCUUGAGCGUUGUACUAACAUUAAAUGUUACCCUGUACAUAAUUACCGCGCACGAGCUAAAACAAGCUACAAUACGGGCCAGAGUGGUAACCGGUAGUACACCAGCAACCGAGUGUAGGGCCCGUUUGGGGUUGAAUGUACGCCUAAUCCUGGUGCUGGGACCAACAUGGAUUUUUGGCUUUUUGGGCAUGUUUGUCAAUAUAAAGACAGUUAGCUACAUAUCCAUUGUGUUACAUGGACUGCACGGGGCGUUUAUUUUUAUGACGUUUUGUAUGCGUCGCAAAGUGUUGCUUCAACUCCGGCACAGACUGUUUCCAACCCCGUCUACCGGUGCGAAGGCUAUGGCCGGGAAACGCGGGUCAAGCGAUGAUAGUGCUGAAUCUGUUGCUAAAUCAUCACUCGAUACAGAUAAGAGCCAUUAUAUAUCCCACGAUGCCGAGAAAAUAAUCCUUAUGACUUACUUCACCAACGAGUUGUACACUAUUAGCCUGAAUUAUGGUAACCAAAGUAUUGGUGUGACCGGUCACGCGCUAACCCACGAGGUAAAAGAGUGCACUACACGGCACAAACACUUUGCUCAGCACUGCAUACAAGACGUACGGCAACGGUGGCCGCGGGCCGAUCACAACAUGCAAAGAGUGCCUGAAUUUUAUUUCACCGAGCACGACGACCAAAACUUUACCUACUAUUACGACUUUAUGGGCACCGCCAGCGGCACCUUCCCGGCCAUCGACACUACUACUGGCCAAGCGAACCAUACCGGUACGGAUCAGGUAAAACCCACAACACUUACCGGAAUGUUAUACGAGCCCCAGAAAUGUUGCAUAAUAUACGAGUUGUUAGACUGCAUGCACACGGAGUACAAGCGCCAGUGCCCGGGCCUGUCGUUCGCACCGGUAGACGAGGUGCUGCAUCUGUCGGCGAUGCAGGUGCACGACCGGUGCGACGGUUACCAUAUCGACAAUCCGCUGUAUCGGGCCAUAGAUGGCAGCGGUGAACGACAUCACGUCAACCCUCGUAACAACGAUAAGAACUGUCACAUUAGGUUUGGCGGUACAAGUGUUGAUGAGGGUAAAAAUUCCGCUGCGUCUGGUUUGCGUACGACCACCCUAUUGGCGGUAGUGGUGUGUGCCUGGUAUAUGUUGUGUUUGUUAAUUCAGCGAGAUCCCUAUAUUAAUAAGUUAUCAUAAAAGUUGUAAAUGUAU